CACGAAUACGUGUGCAGUAAUUAAAUUACAUUUUAUUUUAUAAGCUAAAAUAGAUAAAAUGAAGCAUCAAGAAGUAGGUGUGGAUUAUUGGGCGAUGCUCAAAACUAUGUUUGCGUAUGGAGCUCUGACAGGUCUUUGUUGGAUAAUGUUAAGGCUUUUCCACGCCGUGUUCACGCUGCCGAGGCGACUGCGGUCACAACAGAAUGAUAUCCAGAACUCUUUGAAAGAGCUUCAGAAACGGUUUCCAGACCUCAAUAUUACAGAGGAAGACUUGCGAAAUGCUGAGAAAGAACUCGACGAACUAAUUAAAGAAGACAAUGAUAAGAAAGAAGCAAUAAAAGAAAAGGAAGCUCUAGUCGAAACAGAAGAAAAUAAAAAAGAUAUCUAAUGUCAACAGACUAUUUGAAGUUUGUAAUUAGUUUUUUGCACUAUAAAGAUUAAUAUUGUACAACGUACCUAUUGUAAACGUAAUAAGACUUUCUUUGCAUUAUGAAAUAAAGUUAUAACUAAAGUAAAUAUACUGAUAAAUCGUAAUGAUAAAUUGUAAACAAUAAAUAGCUUCCUCGUGUCUGAAACGAGAUAAUGUAGAGCUGCAACAUAAAGAGCUCAGUAGAAAACUGAGUAUA